UGCAAGGUUUGGGGAUCACGUGAUAAAACGCUUCGUUGAAGCGCAUUUCCUUUCCUGAGUGGAUCUGCACUGCACAGCUUGCUCGAAGAAGAAGAUGCAGUGGUACUUUGUCGCUGUGCUCCUCACCGUUCUGACCAGUUCUCAGGGAAUAUUGACAACCCUCUCGCAAAGUAACGGAAAGUAUAAGUAUGAUUAUGCCACUGUCCCAUUUCUUGCUGAGGUUUUCAAGCUUGCGGUGUCAAGUUUCUUUCUAUGGAGGGAAUGUAAAAAGUCACCUCUGCCAAAGAUGACAACUGAGUGGAGAACAGUGAUUUUUUACCCCAUUCCUUCAAUUAUAUAUCUGAUCCACAACAAUGUGCAGUUUGCUACCCUCACAUAUGUUGACACUUCCACCUACCAGAUAAUGGGCAAUCUAAAGAUUGUGACCACUGGAAUACUAUUCAGGUUGUUCUUAGGGAGGAAGCUUUCGAACUUGCAGUGGAUGGCCAUCGUGCUGUUGGCUGUUGGGACAACCACAAGCCAGGUUAGGGGCUGUGGAGAGGCUUCAUGUGAUUCACUAUUCUCAGCACCAAUACAGGGUUACAUGUUAGGAGUUCUGUCAGCUUGUCUCUCAGCUUUAGCUGGAAUUUAUACUGAGUUCUUGAUGAAGAAAAACAAUGAUAGCUUAUACUGGCAGAAUAUACAGUUGUACACGUUUGGUACAAUCUUCAAUAUGGCACGACUUGCUUUGGAUGAUUUUAGAGGUGGAUUUGAAAAUGGACCCUGGUGGCAACGUAUAUUCAAUGGAUACACUAUCACUACUUGGAUGGUGGUAUUAAAUCUAGGGUCUACUGGCCUUUUGGUUUCCUGGUUGAUGAAACAUGCUGACAAUAUUGUUAAGGUAUAUUCUACAUCAAUGGCAAUGCUUCUGACAAUGAUAAUAUCAAUAUUCCUAUUCAACUUCAAACCUACAUUGCAGCUUUUCUUGGGUAUUAUUAUUUGUAUGAUGUCUCUACACAUGUAUUUUGCCCCAUCAAAUAUGCUAGUAGAUAUGCCAGUAACAGUUAAACCGGAUGAAGAGAGGGAGAAGCUUAUUGAAGUGUCUGUUGAUCGAAGAGCACAUUCAUGAUGUCAUUCAAUCAUGAUGUCAUUCAAUGCUUUGGUGUUUUUGAACUCCUCGUUUGUUAUUAUGAUUUUCCCAGAAGGCCUAUUGAAGUCACUUGUUAUAUGGCCUGCAUUGAUUCAGAGAUUCCCAAGAGCAUAGGCAUCUUCAAAAGGGAUUAAUUGAACUCUAUAUUGAUCCCACGUAUUGCCUGGGUAUAAAAAUAUAAAGGAGGAUGUAGAAGAAAAAGAAGAUAGAAUGUGGUUUAGACGGCAAUAGAAUCUUGCCAUUGGAUUUUGUAAGUGGUAAGAUGCUACCUAUGGUGCAUCAAGUCGGGCCACCAUAUGUGGUCAACAUUUUUAUCUGGUUGCUGUAAUCACAAAACAAAUUAAUCAUCAUUAAUCAAUUUGAAUAUGGUUGUUUACA